UAGCAGAAGUGACUACAGGUAAGGAUACACACAUAUCCUCUCAAGCAGCCAGAGGGUAAUAAAUGUGUACUUAUCUGCACAGACACAUGUUGAUGUUCAUUUACCGCUGACUCUAUGUUUUCUAAUACUUUGUGGAUAUCAGCUCAUGGCUAUUGGCACAUUUGCAGUUUCUUCAAAAUUAAGGCUCUGGAUGAAGGGAUUGUUGAUGGUAUCUGAUAUACAGUGCUGCCAUAACAACAAAUUAUUUCAGUACAAACAGCCCACAAGGCUGUGUACUACACUGUCUUAAAACAAGUAGCAGCCCUUCCUAUUUUUUAAGCCUCCCUUAGUUGACUUUCACACAAUUCAGACUGUGUGCAUACCUCCUCUAACACACACAAUAUCACUUUUCAGUUCAGUAUUACAGUAGCUAUCUGUACAAAAACCCAGCCCUAUUAUGUAAAGAGUUGACCCCUUUUUUUUCUCCGCUGUUGCAGAGAUGUGUUUGUGUUGUGCACGGAGAUGUGAUGGGAUUGCAGAUCGCCCGUCGCCGCGACGCCCCCGCUCGGUCGCCAACUAUUUGCCGUUUUCCCUCCAAAAACUAUAAAUACAAACAAUUAACGUGUCUCAUGCCGCAUUAACGCUUCGGAAUGGCUACGGCCCCAUGACCAACACCUCAUUCCUAACCUCCUCGUCUCAUAGGGUAAGCGUUGCUGCUCCAUAGGUGUUAAAACGGAUGCCCUAUAUAAAGAGCGGCGUGUGCCCCAGCUGCACAGAGCUUCUGUUCUCCCGGCCUGUCUUGGCUCUGACCGAUGAGCUUUCUGAGCUGCGUCUGUACUAAACAAAAGGGGGGCUGAGAAUCAGGCUGCUGUUGUUCCGAGCGCGUCGUUGUUGUUUUUUUCCCGAAAGUCAGAAGUCGCCUUUUUUUUCCCCCCGUUGUUUUCCAGUCUGAUCUGUUAGGUGUUUUUUUUUCCCGGAGAGCUAUGGCGGAUCACAGCAGGUUCAUGCCCCGUCCCCUGUAUCGGCGCGACGUGCGCUGGGAGCCGUUCUGCGAGGAGACCUUGCCCAGCCGCGUUUACAGAGCCGACGCGGGGCUGCCCCCGUUCCUGGAGCCCGGGGAUCUGAGCUGGAUCCAGUGGGCCCAGAGACGGAUGGCCGCUUCUUCGUGGCCCGGGUACAUGCCCUCCCCGCUCUACACCCCCACGCCUCCCUACCCCUACCCCGGCCCUGGUGCAGAGCAGCCCCGGGGGGUCUCCGAGAUCAGGACCGGGCCCGAGAGCUGGAAGAUCAACCUGGAUGUCAGCUGCUUCUCCCCCCGGGAGGUCACCAUCAGGACCAGGGAGGGCUACCUGGAGAUAUCAGGGAACCAUGAAGACCGGCAGGAUGAAUAUGGACUUGUCUCAAAAUGUUUUUCAAGAAAGUACAACAGGCUGCCUGCUGGGUCGGACCUUCGGCACAUCCGCUCUGCUCUGUCCGGUGGGGUGCUGUCCGUGGAGGCCCCACUCCCCUCCAUGGCCCAGGAGAUCCCCGUGGAGAUCAUCAUACCUGUGCAGGUAGAGAAGAGGGCUCCAGAGACAAGAGAAGAGGAAAAGGUCGGGGAGACGGUACCCCAGGAAAACAGUGUGGGGCCACAAGCAACUACUGUCUUCCCGGGUGGGGUCCCAGAGCAGAAGAGUGUGACUGCUGAUCCGCUAGCUGGCAUCCAAGAGAAUAAGGAAGAGCCAAGCGAAGCUGCUAUUCACCUUGCUGGUGGCCAAGAGAAGAGGGAAGAGACAGGCGAAGGUGUCGAUGCCCCUGGUGGUAACCCGGAGAACAGAGGAUCGCUGGAGAAGCAGACCGCGGCAACUGAGAGAGCUUGUUCCAGCGCAGGGGCGGAGCCAGAGGAAGGCAGGCCAAUGGAAGGAGAGGUCAAAGGGGAAGAGGUCCCUCAGGAGGAGGCGGCCAUGAGGGAGGCCAUGUUGACAGCGCAAGCCAAUCAGGACGGCAUGGGGCAGGAAGGCCAGGAUCUUUCCCAGACCGAAGUGCAGGGUUCUGCGGUGGACGGCGAGCAGGUGGAGGAGAAGAAGCAACAGGAGGCCCGGUGGUCACACCGAGACACCAAGUGGAUGCUCCGCAGCACCAAGUGGCCCUCCCAGCAGUACUGAGCAGAACCGGCGGCGUGGCCAAUAGUACUGAGCAGAACCGGCGGUGUGGCCAAUGCCCACUUCCUACAUACGGGCCUAUCAGACGCAGAGCUGAAUCUAGAGUGGCUGCAAAGCGGCUGCCAGGUAUCAGCUUCUAUAGACCAGUUGCACAGGGCGCACUUCUCUGUUGUAAUGGCGGCUUAUGACUAACUGCUUUGAGACUCUUGUAUGGUUCUGUCUCUGAAAAAUAAAAUCUUAACAUGUCUUGA